GACGAAUCUCCGUUGCUGCCGAUCCGGCCACCACGGAACGGACAACGAACACGUUUGAAGCGACCGUUUGCAAACCUUUGUUCGUGUAACCAGGCCACGAUUCUGUAUUUUUUUGUGCACAAACUGCAAAAUAAAAAUGUGUGCGGGGCAGCAAGCCAGGCAGGGUUGAUACUGCCAGCAAGCAUAACAUCACACGUACACGACGCGUGCCGCACGCUUACGCUGCAAUUUGUGAUAAUAGACCCGGGGAGCUGUUGCAAUUGCAGAUUGGGCAAACUGAGCAAAGCUAGCGAAGAGCUUAUAACGAGCGGCGGCAGCGGCAUCUCUCCAUCAGGGUUAUCUGGUUUAAUCAGGGCUGUCUGCGCCAAUAUAUCUCCCCAGGAAUCAGCAAGCAUGUCCGUGUGGCUCAACGUGCUCCUGCUUGCCUUCAUAUUCACCCAAGCCGGCGGGCACUCGUCACACGCAGCGUCGCCGGUGAAGGAGCGGCGGAACAUUCUGCAGUUCGGGCGUCUGAUCGAGUGCGUCGUGGGCAUUUACCCUCUGGAGUACAAUGGCUACGGCUGCUAUUGUGGAAUGGGAGGCCACGGACGUCCGGUAGACAAGACAGACUGGUGCUGUCAUGCCCACGACUGCUGUUAUGGGAAGGCGAUCAAAGCCGGCUGCAAUCCCUACAUGAAAUACUACAACUACGAGUGCAACAGCAUGCAGGCCACGUGCAGUCAGCAGAACGACGAGUGCGCCAAGCUGGUCUGCGAAUGCGACCUGCAGGCGGCCCGGUGCUUCCGCUCGGCUCAGUUCGACAACAACUUCGUUGCUUGGCCCAACGAGAACUGCCACGGGGCCACACCGGCUUGCCCCUAAGCCGACUGCGACGCGUUAGCCUCGAGGUGGACUCAAAUGAGACGUUUUACUACACACGGUUUGUAUUGCUCUUCGUAUGGUAUUACUGUUCACUUAAGGGGCCGUACAUGAAUGAAGUCACGCACCU